CAAAUCAAUUUCAAGCACCACAUUUCACAUCAAUCAACAUGAGGCUAGGGACGAUUGAAUGAUUUACAUUGGAUUGUUGAAUGAAUCUUGAGUUAUGAUCUGCAAAGAUGGUAAAGGUGCAAUGAUGGAUAACGGCAAAUAUGUUCGUUACACACCCGAGCAGGUUGAAGCCCUAGAGAGGCUGUAUCAUGAGUGCCCCAAACCCACUUCUGUUCGUCGUCAACAACUCAUUCGUGAGUGUCCUAUUCUCACCAACAUUGAACCCAAACAAAUCAAAGUUUGGUUCCAAAAUCGAAGAUGCAGAGAGAAACAAAGGAAAGAGGCUUCACGUCUUCAAUCUGUGAACCGGAAGCUGACCGCUAUGAACAAGCUGUUAAUGGAGGAAAAUGACCGCUUGCAGAAGCAAGUGUCUCACCUUGUGUACUCAAAUGGCUGUUUCCGUCAACAUACACAAAAUACGACAGUUGCUAGCAAGGACAGUAGCUGUGAAUCAGUGGUGAGCAGCGGUCAAGGUCAACGGCAAUUAACCCCACAGCAUCCUCCACGGGAUGCUAGUCCUGCUGGACUUUUGUCCAUUGCAGAAGAAACUUUAACAGAGUUUCUUUCGAAGGCUACUGGAACCGCUGUAGAGUGGGUCCAGAUGCCUGGAAUGAAGCCUGGUCCGGAUUCCAUUGGAAUCGUUGCUAUUUCUCAUGGUUGCACUGGCGUGGCGUCGCGAGCGUGCGGCUUGGUCAGUCUUGAGCCUACUAGGGUUGCUGAGAUCCUCAAGGAUCGCCCCUCCUGGUUUCGCGACUGUCGAGCCGUUGAUGUCCUCGAUGUUCUGCCCACCGCCAACGGUGGAACCAUUGAACUUUUGUACAUGCAGCUUUACGCCCCUACAACUUUGGCUACAGCUCGUGACUUCUGGUUGUUGCGAUAUACUUCCGUUACUGAAGACGGCAGUCUAGUGGUCUGUGAAAGAUCACUAACAAACACCCAGAAUGGUCCAAGCAUACCAUCUGUACCGAAUUUUGUGCGGGCAGAAAUGCUGCCUAGUGGUUACCUUAUCAGACCAUGUGAAGGAGGCGGGUCGAUCAUAAACAUUGUGGAUCAUAUGAACUUAGAGGCAUGGAAUGUACCUGAAGUGCUGCGGCCGUUGUAUGAAUCACCAACCGUUUUUGCUCAAAAAACGACUAUGAUGGCGUUACGCCAACUGAGGCAAAUAGCUCAGGAGGUUUCUCAGGCAGGUGCCCCUAAUUGGGGCAGAAGACCGGCAGCUUUGAGAGCACUUAGCCAGAGGUUAAGCAGGGGAUUUAACGAGGCUGUAAACGGGUUUACUGACGAGGGAUGGUCAUUAACGAGUAAUGAUGGAGUAGAUGAUGUUACGAUUCUUGUCAACUCUUCACCCGAAAAGCUAAUGGGAUUAAAUCUUUCCUUCUCAAAUGGAUACCCGUCUGUUAACACUGCGGUCUUGUGUGCAAAAGCGUCUAUGCUUUUACAGAAUGUUCCUCCAGCCAUCUUGCUUCGGUUCUUGAGGGAGCACCGUUCAGAAUGGGCCGACAACAAUGUUGAUGCUUACUUGGCUGCAGCGAUCAAACUUGGUCCCUGUAGCAUACCGGGUGCUCGAGCUGGUAAUUUUGGGGGUCAAGUUAUACUUCCUCUUGCUCAUACGAUCGAGCAUGAAGAGCUUUUGGAGGUGAUCAAGCCGGAGGGUGUUGGGCUUUGUCCCGAAGAUGCGCUAAUGGGCCGAGACAUGUUUUUACUGCAACUAUGCAGUGGAAUGGACGAAAAGGCCGUUGGCAUGUGUUCAGAACUUAUAUUCGCUCCAAUCGACGCUUCCUUUGCUGACGAAGCACCGCUUUUGGCUUCCGGUUUUCGCAUCAUUCCUCUUGAUUCUUGCAAGGGGGAUUCAAGCCCGAAUCGCACCCUUGAUCUUGCAUCCGCACUUGACGUAAGAGGGACCGGGAAUAAAUUAUCCGGUGAUCGAGAUGUCGGUACGGGUAGUGCAAGAUCUGUGAUGACAAUCGCUUUCGAGUUUGCAUUCGAGAGUCAUAUGCAAGAAAGUGUAUCUGCUAUGGCCCGCCAAUACGUCCGCAGCAUUAUAUCAUCGGUUCAGAGGGUAGCAUCCGCAUUAUCCCCGUCCCCAAACAGUGGUGUUCAGGCUCCAGUUGGUACUCCCGAAGCCCACACUUUAGCCCGUUGGAUUUCCCACAGUUACAGGUGCUACUUGGGUGUGGAGCUACUUAGAGGUGUGGAUAACGGGAGUGACUCGAUACUUAAAUCUAUGUGGCACCACUCGGAUGCAAUCAUAUGCUGCUCAAUGAAGGCGAUGCCGGUUUUCACAUUCGCAAAUCAGGCUGGUCUGGAUAUGCUUGAAACCACACUAGUCGCGCUUCAAGAUAUCAGUUUGGAGAAGAUACUAGACGAAAACGGAAGAAAAGGUUUGUAUUACGAGUUCCCACAGAUAAUACAACAGGGUUUCGCGUGUCUUCCAGGGGGUAUAUGUGUGUCGAGUAUGGGGAAACCAGUUUCUUACGAGCGCGCAGUGGCAUGGAAAGUGGUGAAUGAGGAAGACCAAGCGUAUUGCUUUUGCUUUAUGUUUAUGAACUGGUCGUUUGUCUGAGUCCUAUCGGGUCGCUAGCGGAUGGUAGUUUGUUGGGUAGUCAAGGAUGUUUAACUUUUCGGAUCUUUCCUUUUGAAUGCUUAUCCAGUUUAGGCGUUGACAACGUUAACUUGUUCGUGUUUCUCGCUUAAAAUCUAACUGGUGUUAACAGACUAUAUGUUUAAAAUUUGUCUCCUGUAUCAGAUUUUUAUCAUGUUGGUAUCAAA